GAUCUUCUUGGUGACAAUGUUUACUCCCAAGUUUUCAAGGGCUCCUAUCAGCACACAGAAGUGGCAGUAAAGCGACUGAAAGCUCCGUUACAGCCCAGGGACAGGAACUACUUUGCUGCAGAGGUCUGUGCAUUUUCUUAGUUUAAAUUUACUGAAAUGGAUGGCCUUAAAUCUAAAAAUAGUAACAAAAGCUCUCUUUGCCGUAUUGCAUGAAUUCAGACGGUAGUGGGGAAAGGGGGUUGGGGGGGGGGGGGAUAAUGCAACGGGAAACAUUAACCAAUGUUUAUUAAAUUUACUGAAAUGGAUGGCCUUAAAUCUAAAAAUAGUAACAAAAGCUCUCUUUGCCGUAUUGCAUGAAUUCAGACGGUAGUGGGGAAAGGGGGUUGGGGGGGGGGAUAAUGCAACUGGGAACAUUAACCAAUGUUUUGUUCAAGAGUUUACCUGUUAUAGGUAGUGGGAAAUCUAGGCAUUGUAUAGAAUGUCUGACAAUAUCAGUCAAGGUAUGGAUCACAUUAGGCAUCAUAUACACUGGUACAAUCAUGUUGUAUCGAAAAGCUUGUAAUAGCAUUAGUAAUGAUGUGUUCUGAUAAUGCCAACAUGUUUUCCCCCAUGUCCUGUUCUACUGUGAUUAACAUAUUGUUGCCCUGUCUGCUAAGGUUUCGAUGUUUGAAGAGCUCUGUCACUCCAAUGUGGUGCAGCUGAUUGGAGUCUGCACCACUGACAAACUUCCACUUGUAGUGCUUGAGUACAUGGUGCUUGGUAACCUUCACAACUGGCUGCACGAUCCUUCCAGGUAAGUUGUUUUACCUAUUUCACAAUUGGCUGCAUAAUACCUCCAGGUAAGUUGAACCUAUUUCACACUUGGCUACAUUGAUACCUCCAGGUAAGUUGUAUUUUCUUCACAAUUGACUGCAUGAUCCCUCCAAGUAAAUUUUACUUGUUUAACAAUUGGCUGCAUGAUACCUCCAGGUAAGUUGAACCUAGUUCACAAUUCACUGCAUGAAACCUCCAGGUAAGUUGUAUUUAUUAAACAAUUGGUUGCAUGAUACCUUCAGGUAAGUUGAACCUACUUCAUAGUUGGCUGCCUCCAGGUAGGGUAUCUGCUGUUUCAACCAUGUUCUAUUUGUUCAGUGUUUGUUUCCAGGAGUGUUCAGUUUCUUGUUUUUCAGAGGUUGUUGGUUCACAUUUUGAAAAUAAAAUCUUACAUGAGGCCAGAGCUAGGAAUGAAAGUUCAAUAUUUAAGUGAGGGUCACCGCCUUGGUGUAUGUUAAUUUUCAGUUGUUUGUUUACAUCCAUCACGUGCAGAAUUUUAUGUAUGUUGUUUAUAAGUGGGUACAGUUUUCUCAGUUUGAUCACUGAUUGAUAAGCAUGUACUUUGGUUUCUCUCAUCAGAACAGCACUGGAACAUAAACAGUUUUAUCAAAUCGCCCGUGACGUCAGUGCCGGGAUGCUGUACCUGCACCAGCGCCAACCCCCAGUGCUUCACCUCAACCUCAACUCUUGUAAUGUGCUGCUAGGACAGGGUCUCCAUGCCAAAGUUGCUGAUUUUGGCUUCUCUAAACUUAAGUGAGUCUCUGUCGUUAUCGUGUGGGGAAACUUCAUAAGGCGUGCAAAUAAAAAUUCCGAGAAGUUAGCACUGAUUGGGAUGCAUGUUUCGUCAAGUGAUUAAGUUCACCUUUUCUAGUUAACACAUAAGAACUUGAAACAGGUGCAUCGGUAUUGUUCAUUAAAGAGGUUAAGCUACCAUUUUCAUUUUUAGCUUCCUUCAAGAAAGUUUUUGCAAGAAAAUGUACAAAGAGAAGUCAGAUCUCCUAAUGUUAAUUCAAAUAUUAAAUUUCUACCUAAAGUAAUUCAUUAGAGUUUUGUUAAAUGUAAGUAAAAAAAAUUAUUUAUAACUUCAGCUUAUUAAAAAAACUGUUGUUUUAUGUUUGUUAUGUUUGUUACUUGAUUAAAUAAAUUCAUUUUCUUUCAACUAUUUUGUUAACUCUGUUUCAACUGGUGUUCAUGGCCAGUUUGGUUACUCCAAGUUUUUUAAAGUAUGUUUAUUAAUCAGGCACGAGGCGGAUCACAAAGUUACGAGGGGCAACAACAAGACAAAACAGAUUCAGGGAAACACUGCCUGGAUGGCGCCAGAACUGCUUACAGGAAGUGAUGUCAUUGCCAAGGCAGACGUCUACAGCUUUGCUGUUGUGUUGUGGGAAAUGCUUACUAGAAAAACACCUUAUGAUGGCAUGACGGUGUACCAGGUAACUAAGGCUCAGUUGUUGUACCAGGUAACUAUGGCUCAGUUGUUGUACUAGGUAACUAUGGCUCAGUUGUUGUACCGGGUAACUAUAUUGGAUCAGUUGUGUAAAAGGCCAGGUGGAGGGACUUGAUUGAGGCGAAUUUGAAAAAUCUCAGUGUUCGAUUCAAAAUAGUCUUGCCAAGCAAAAGAAAAACUUAAGUUAAUUUACAGCUGAUGAAAUAAAUCCAUAAAUUAUAAAUUAUGUUGUACUAACAUUUGGCUGUUUUAUAAUUUGUGUGUGCAGAUACUUGAGAAUGUGCGUGUCAAUAAGAGGCCCCCAAUAUCAGGCAGCUGUCCAGCAGAACUGACCAAACUGAUACAGAGGUCAUGGGAUCCAAAUCCUGCUGUGAGGCCAGGCUUCAAGGUAAAUCUUUAUUUUCUUAUGCAAAGUUUCUUGAUGAUUUAA